CAUGGAUAGAGCGUGAGCACCGUGGCGAUAGGCUAAGAAAAUAUCUACACUCGAGUCCGAGGAAAUUAGAUGUGCGCCGACUUGGGGCCUCAGUGCUCAGAAUUUUCUUCCUCGUAUCUCAUCUCCUGGCCAGUGGAUCCAUAUCUCAUCACGCGUCCAAAAAAUCCAUAUCUCAUCAUCUGCACUUCUUUUCACUCUGAGCACACCAAGCACAAACUAGAGGAAUCGAUUGAGAGCUAGAGGCCUAGAGCUCAAUGGAGGGGGUAAGUGCUUCGCACGGUGUGUUGGGUCCCCUGUUGGUGAAGCUCACCGGUUUGCUUGCCGGUGAGUGUUCCCGGCUGAAAGGCGUCCGCCGAGAGAUCCGCUCGCUCAAAGCUGAGCUGACAGGCAUGCAUGCCGCGGUCCACAAGUACACAAUGCUGGAAGAUCCCGAUGUCCAGAUGAAGGCGUGGAUAUCGCUGCUGAGGGAGCUGACCUAUGAUAUCGAGGAUGUCAUCGACAAGUUCAUCCACCAGCUCGGUAAUGGCGGCCAGCACCAGGGUGGCUUCAAGGAGUUCUUCCGCAAGACCGCUCGCCGUCUCAAGACUCUGGGGUCUCGUCGCGGUGUCGCGAACAAAAUCGAUGAUUUGAAGAUUCGUCUCAAGCAGGUAAAAGAUUUGAAGACUAGUUACAAGCUGGAUGAUAUUAACUGCAGCAACUUUGAACAUUCAGUUGUGGACCCCCGCUUGUCUGCUCUGUUUGUUGAUGAAGCACAGCUUGUGGGAAUUGAUGGUCCAAGAGAUGAGCUUGCCAAGUGGAUGUUGCAAGAUGAAAAUGGCUCGACCAGGCAUCGCAAGGUGUUGUCCAUUGUUGGCUUUGGUGGGUUGGGAAAAACAACACUGGCCAAGGAGGUCUACCGUAAGAUCCAGGGGCAAUUUCAUUGUCAUGCUUUUGUCUCAGUCUCGCAAAAGCCAAACGUAAAGAAAAUUAUGAAGGAUUUGAUAUCCCAGGUGCCUUGCAAGAAAGAUUUUACAGAAUGUAUCAACACUUGGGAUGAAACAAAGUGUAUUGCAAAGCUCAAAGAACUCUUGCAGGAUAUGCGGUAUCUCAUUAUCAUUGAUGAUAUAUGGUCCAUAUCAACAUGGAACACUAUUAAGUAUGCUUUCCCAGAGAAUAAUUUUUCUAGCAGAAUUAUUGCUACUACACGCAUUGUUGAUGUAGCAAGAUCAUGUUGUCUAUACAGUAAUGGCCUCAUGUAUGAAAUGGAAGCCCUUAGUGAUCUCCACUCCAAAAGAUUGUUUUUCAAAAGAAUAUUUGGUUCCCAGGACUGCUGCCCUGAUGUGCUAAAACAAGUUUCAAACAAAAUACUGAAGAAAUGUGGAGGCCUUCCAUUGGCAAUUAUUAGCAUAUCAAGUUUAUUGGCAACGAAACCGAUGGUGAAAGAUGAGUGGGAGAGGGUCAGAAGGUCUAUUGGUUCCGCAUUGGAGAAAGACCGAAGUUUAGAUGGAAUAAAUAGCAUACUAUCACUUAGCUACAAUGAUCUUUCACCUAAUCUUAAGACCUGUUUGUUAUAUUUAAGUCUAUAUCCUGAGGAUUGUGUGAUUGAAAGAGAUAUUUUAGUGAGGCGAUGGAUAGCAGAAGCCUUUAUCUCUGAAGAGCGUGGGCAAAGCAAACAUGAGGUUGCAGAGAACCACUUCUAUGAGCUAAUUAACAAAAACAUGGUCCAACCUGUAGAAAUUGGCUGUGAUGGAAAAGCUCGUGCUUGUCAAGUUCACGAUAUGAUGCUUGAGCUCAUUAUUUCAAAAUCGGUAGAAGAUAAUUUCAUUUCUUUGGCAGGCCACGGUCAAACUGAUUUGGUAAAUUCUCAUGGUCUUAUUCGGCGACUAUCAGUCCAGCAUAUCGACCAAGAGCUUGCAUCUAUAUUGGCGAAUGAAGAUCUGAGUCAUGUGCGAUCUCUAACAGUGACCGAAUCAACUUGCAUCAAACACUUGCCUAUGCUUGUUCGGUUUGAAGCUUUGCGUGUACUAGAAUUUCAAAAUUGUGCGAGUGUGAACAAGUAUGAUAUGGAAGGUAUAGAUAAACUAUUCCAGCUGAAGUACCUGAGCUUUAGGGGCACUGACAUGUCAAAGCUACCAUCAGGAAUUGUGAAGCUAUAUGGUCUGGAGACGCUAGAUAUUAGAAAUACACAGAUAGAAGAAUUGCCCACUGGAAUUAUUCGGCUUGUUAAGCUACAACAUCUACUCACUGCAAGAUAUCCCGGUCCUCAUGGUGAAAUAAAGUUACCAAAUGGGAUUGGAAAUAUGAGGAACUUACAGGCGAUCUCGGGAUUUAAUAUUAUCAAGAGUCCAUUACGUGCAGUCGAGGAAUUAGGGAAUCUGAAUCAUUUGAAAGAACUCCAUCUACAGUUGGACGGUGGGGGAUCGCAGGAAUACAAGAGCCACGAAGAGAUGUUACUCUCCUCACUCUGCAAGCUUGUCACUUGCAAACUCCAGUCUUUAUGGAUAUACUCUCCGGAUUCAACACCCAUCCAGUUCUUAGAUUCUUGGUCCCCUCUUCCAUAUAACCUCCAAACAUUUUGGAUGACCACGAGCUACUAUUUACCAAAGAUGCCAAAGUGGAUUGUAUCAGCACUCACCAGUCUUGCAUACCUGAACAUUAAUUUGAUUGAAGCAACAGAGGAGGAUCUGCGGAUGCUGGGAGAGAUGCCGGCCUUACUUUGUCUGAGUAUAACAUUCAAUACUUUCCAAAAAGAAAGGCUUGCGGUACAAGGCAUUGCGUUUCCGUGUUUGAAGGAAUUAUACCUAAUCUGCUGGGAAAAUGCAAUUUACUUGACGUUUGAAGAAGGGGCACUGCCAAAGUUGGAGAAGCUUGUGGUGCCGUUUUUUGUUUCAAUGGCAGAAGAGUAUGGGUUCUACUUGGGACUUGGCCACUUCCCGUGUCUGAGAGAUGCCAUAUUUACUCUUUGCAAUUAUGUAGGCACAUCUUCCGUAAGCUGCUCUGCUGCAGCUGAUUGUAUAAGGAGCGAGGCAAAUAGCCAUCCCAAUCAUCCCAGGUUAUCUAUCCGGGACCGAGUUGGAAGAAAGCUACACUGACGAGGAAGAGAGCUAGCUGUCAGGGAACUGUUAUAUCAUGACAUUUGACUACCAAUGCAAGAGGGAAUCUUCUGUUAAACGCAAGGGCAUCACAGAGGAAGUGGUGUUAGUUGCUCUGCUACAUGGUACUAUUUGCUUUACAGGGAAUACUGUAAUUUAAGAAUUUGUUGCGUUGCUUACUAUUUUUAAGAAUUAGUGUGUGUGUACUUGUGUAACUUAAUUUGAUCUCAGGUCUCAUAAGAGUUGAAACGAUGUCUUGUCACUCCAAUACUCUGAACUCUUCUACUGUUGCUUGAACUGUUGUGCUGUAAACUGCUUCACCUGGUUUCAGUCUCAGAGA